CGGUGAACCAGGUCCAAGCACUAAUAAUCUCUCCACCCGCCCUUUUUUUUCCCUCCAUUUUUGGAUUAAUGUUGGGCGUUUUAUGAAUUCUUGUAACUCGUUUACAAUUUCCUCUGUUGCAUCUUCUACGUACGAAGCUUCUCUUCUUCUUCAAAACCCUAGCCAUGAGAGCUCUCCGUUUCCCCUCCAAUACCAUUUCUCACAUGCCCACGACACUUGGCCAAAUACCCGGAAACCUCUUUCGCCCUAAUGAGCUCUCCAUAGAGAUCAACAGGGAGGUGCAUACACGCGAGUGGAAGAACACCCUAAGAAUCCAUUUAGAAGAGAACUCUCCUUGUUUAGUAAUUGACGAGUAUAAUAGCAGAAGAGGUGUACUUAGUGUCGAUCAUGGUGUCAUUCUCUUUGUAAUCAAAGCUUGUGCCCGUUUGCAACAGGGGCUCUUUGCGGCGAAACAGGCGCAUACCCAUGUGAUCAAAUUGGGUUUUGAAUCCGAUCUUGUAGUAAAAACCGCGUUUUUAAGGGUUUAUGGUUUGUUUGGUGACCUUGCGUGUGCUCGGCAACUGUUCGAUGAAAUUCCCCAAAGAGAUGUUGUUGUUUGGAAUGCUCUCGUUUCUACGUAUUCACAGAGAAGUAGUCCCGGAGAAGCAUUAGGGGCUAUAAGGGCUAUAAUGAAUGAGGAUGUGAGACCUAAUGAAGUGACCGUCACAAGCAUUUUGUCCGCUUGCGCACAAUUGAAGGCUUUAGAUCAUGGAAAAGAAGUUCAUGGCUAUGCAGUGAGAAACAUUUCAAAAUUCGACACGUACAUUUGUAAUGCAUUGAUCGAAAUGUAUGCUAAGUGCCGGUGCUUACCCAGUGCACAGAAGGCGUUCCAUGGUAUGGGUAUUAGAAGUAUGGUUUCCUGGACUUGCAUGAUUAAUGCUUAUUGUGAGAAUGACUGCCCCCAAGGAGCGCUUUCUUUAUUCAAAAAGAUGCAGGUGGAAGAAGUGAGGGUCGAUGAAGUUACCUUAUUAGCAGUUAUCUCUAUGUGCGCGAAGUUGUGUACAUCCGAAUUAGCUGAAUGGAUAGAAAAGUGCGUUGAGAAGAAUUGUUUACAGGACAAUCCUCGCAUAGCCAAUGCUCUCAUUCACAUGCACUGUGAAUGUGGGAACUUAGAGAAGUCGUGCAAAAUAUUCGACCGUAUGAAGGAAAGGACCAUGAUAUCGUGGGCUACAGUGAUACAAGGGUUAGCAAUGCACGGUCAUGGCGUGGCUGCCCUUAUUCGAUUCGUUCAAAUGCAGAGAGAAGGAUUUAGGCCAGAUGAGAUCCUCUUUCUCGCCAUAAUAAAUGCAUGUAGUCACUCCGGGUUAGUGUCGGAAGGGAGGCAGUGUUUUUACUCAAUGGUAGAAGAGUAUGGUAUGGUACCUUGGAUGGAACAUUAUGGGAGCAUGGUCGAUUUGCUAUGCCGAGUGCAGCUUUUAGAUGAAGCUUUUGAGUUUGUGAUGGCCAUGCCGGUUAAGCCAGAUGCGGUGAUCUGGCGAAUGUUGCUUGUAGCUUGUAGAGACCAAGGGAACAUUGGGUUGGCGAGAAAAGUGAUAGAUUACAUAAUUGAAUUGGAGCCCGACCAUAAAGGGAGUUAUAUAUUGAAAUCGAAUUUGUGUGCAAUGAUUGGAGAGUGGGGCGGGGUGCAAGAGGUAAGGAACAAACUGGGGCUUAUAGAAGUGAGUAAAAAAGAUCCUGCUCAGAGUUUUAUAGAGGUGAGCGCAAUGUGAAUAUAAUUUGGUUUGCUCCUGCUAAUGUGAGGUCACUUACGCGCUCUUUAGUGAUGCCUAGAGCUUCUCAAACUCACUCCCUUGUAGCAGAUUUAAGGCUUCGUACAUCUUUUUCCUUACUGGUGGUGCAUUAUAGAGCAUUGUGUGACAGGUCCCCUUCCCCUUCUAUCCACUCCUAUGUUGUAAAAUUGUUCUCUCUUUGUCAAUGUAAGAUUCUCUCCUGCAAUACAUGAGUGGACAUAUUGGCCUGUACAUUGCUGUUUCUCUGGUAAACAAAGGUUUAUGAUAACGGUAAAAUAUUUCUUACCCCAUGCGAAAACAUU